AUGGAGUUUUUAACUUUUUCUCCAGAGAUCCACUGCUUUUCAGAAUUACUUGACUGCAGCGAUGGUGAUGAAGAGGAAAUAUUGGUAUGCGGAGAUGAUUUAGAGCUUAAUCCUUUCGAUGGCUUGCCUUACUCUUCCCGUUACUAUAAACUCAUGAAAGAAAGAGAAGAGCUUCCAAUAUGGAAAGAGAAAUAUACUUUUAUGGAAAGUUUGCUUCAUAAUCAAAUCGUGAUUGUGUCAGGGGAUGCUAAGACUGGCAAGAGCUCACAGGUUCCUCAGUGGUGCGCUGAGUAUUGCCUUUCUGCUCGCUACCAGCACGGUGUGGUUGUGUGCUCCCAGGUGCACAAGCAGACUGCGGUGUGGCUGGCACUGCGCGUAGCUGAUGAGAUGGACGUCAACGUCGGCCACGAAGUGGGGUAUUUUGUCCCUUUUGAAAACUGCUGUACAACAGAAACUAUCCUGAGAUACUGUACCGACGAUAUGCUACAAAGGGAAAUGAUGUCCACACCUCUUCUGAAUUACUAUGGCGUUAUCAUCUUGGAUGACGUGCACGAAAGGACCAUUGCAACAGAUGCAUUACUUGCCCUUCUUAAAUCUGUCUUGGUAUCGAGACCCGAGCUGAGGCUGGUGAUACUCACUGCGCCCCACACCUCCAGCAAACUGCAGAAUUAUUAUGGCAGCAUCCCCUCCAUCAGAGUGGAAAACAAACACCACGCAGAGGUGGUAUACGCUUGCAGCAUCCCCAAAGACCAUUUUCUGUCUGCACUAAGGCUGCUCUUUGAGAUACACCAUACAAAAGAGAGGGGCAACAUUGUGAUCUUUCUGGCAUGUGAACAA